UUGCACCAAGGCCUCCUGUGAUCAUGUCUGAGACCGCGCCUGUCGCUGCUCCCGCGGCCCCGGUUCCGGCUGCAAAAGCUCCAGCGAAGAAAACGAAGAAGGCAGCGCCAGGAGGCUCCAAAGCCCGCAAGCAGUCUGGGCCGAGUGUGACCGAGCUGAUCACCCAGGCCGUGUCCGCCUCCAAGGAGAGAAAAGGCGUCUCGCUGGCCGCCCUGAAGAAGGCGCUGGCAGCCGGCGGCUACGAUGUGGAGAAGAGCAACAGCCGCAUCAAGGUGGGGCUCAAGAGCUUGGUGAGUAAGGGCACAUUGGUGCAGACCAAGGGCACCGGCGCCUCGGGCUCCUUCAAGCUGGGCAAGAAGCCGGGCGAGGUCAAGGAGAAGGCGCCCAAGAAGAAGGCGGCGGUGGCGGCGGCCAAGCCCAAGAAGGCGGCGGCCAAGAAGCCGGCCAGCGCGGCCAAGAAGGCCAAGAAGGCGGCGGCCGUGAAGAAGAGCCCCAAGAAAGCCAAGAAGCCGGCGGCCGCGGCGGCCAAGAAGAGCGCGGCCAAGAGCCCCAGGAAGGCCAAGGCGGCCAAGCCCAAGCGGGCCGCCAAGAGCCCGGCCAAGGCCAAGGCGGUGAAGCCCAAGGCUGCCAAGCCCAAGGCAGCCAAGGCCAAGAAGGCGGCGCCCAAGAAGAAGUAAGCUGAUUUGAAGAUGCUUGCACCUAUACACCCAACGGCUCUUUUAAGAGCCAC